AUGCAUCUAUGGGGGUCUCGUGACCUGGGAUUGAAAAUAACCAGCCAUGCAGGCCUCGGCAGUGGCCGGACAAGCGAAUACGAGCUCAGGUCGGGGCAGAGAGGGCCCAAUCACGUGCAGAAGACCGCUUUCUCGUUCAGCUUCGGAGCGGUGAGGACGUAUGGCGGGCUGCAUCAGAAACCCUCGCCACUGGGAGGCCGCGGGAGGAUUAGGACGUUCCAUUUGGAUGAGAUCGCGCCAUGUGCGUUCGAUCCCCUAGCAAUUGCGCAUGCUUGUCUGCAAGGACUUUGUGUGAGAAGCUGUCUUGAAGAUUCAAUCGACUUUCGGAACUGUUCUGGUUCUGUACCAAUAGAUAUGGGGAGUAUGGUGUUCAAGAUUGUGUUCUUCAGACGUGGCCCAGCAGGGAACAGCACUCGUCAACAUUCUGGUAUCAAUAUCUUCGUGGAAGAGGCAUUGUUAGGCCUCGAUUCUCGUUUCGAUAAGUGGGAUCUAGCUGCAAAGAAUGUGGACGGCAAGAUUGAUUAUCGAUUAUGUUAAAUGCCCGCUGCAAGCCUGACAGUACGUUUGAUUACGACCAAGCCGUCAAGGGUAUCCAUUGGGACUUGCUCUAAUGCAUGUCAGUAAGGGGGUAGGCUAGGAAUAUCUAGCUGCAUGAAGCACAGCCUCCCCGGUUAUCACCACAAGGGAACAGAC